ACACUCCUGAGAAGAAGAAGAAGGCGAAGACUUCAAUGGCGGAGAUGUCUGUCAAUCAAAAAGUAGGUCGUGCCGUGAUGUAAAGGACAAUAACAACAAAGCACAAAAGUCUACCGAUGACCUCUUGACACCUCCAGCAGGAAGCUAGUCAGACCAUGGCCACUGGUGCUGCAGUCGGGGACAGUCAGAUCCAGAGGAUUAUCAGAGAUCUGCGCGAUGCUGUUUCCGAACUGACAAAGGAGUAUAAAGAGAGCGGUGAGCCCAUUACUGAUGACAGCUCCAAUCUGCACAAGUUCUCCUACAAGCUGGAGUAUCUGCUUCAGUUCGACCAAAAGGAGAAAACAACAUUUCUGGGCUCCAGAAAAGACUACUGGGAUUACUUCAGCGACUGCCUGGCCAAAAUCAAAGGAGCAAAUGAUGGAAUUCGCUUCGUUAAAUCAAUUUCAGAGCUGAAGACGUCUCUGGGCAAGGGCAGAGCAUUUAUCCGUUACUCUCUGGUGCAUCAGCGGCUGGCAGACACACUCCAGCAGUGCCUCAUGAACUCCAGAGUCACCAGUGACUGGUAUAAUCCGAGGAGUCCGUUUCUCAAACCCCAUCUCAGCGUGGACAUCAUUAGUUAUCUCUACGAGCUCAAUGAUGUCCAGUUUGAUGUGGCAUCCAGAGGUCAUGACCUUGACGCAGAAUGGCCCACUUUUGCCAGGAGGACAUUAGGAAUGACUAGCUCUCCCAGUCACUUGUGGAAAGCACCGAGUCGUAGUUCCAGCAUCAACAGUCUGGCCAGCACAUACUCACAGCAGCACCAUGAGUUCCCUGGGAGUCCAGACUUUGGACCUGGGCUUUUAUCAGAUAUGUCUAUGCAAAACUCCAGCAUACUGAAUGAUACCUCAAUGAGUGCUAUAGACGAACUCCGUCUGGAGCUUGACCAGUCUGAAUUAAAGCAAAGAGAGCUUAUUGACCGGAUUCAGCAGUUAGGUGAUGAGGGGAGUGAACUGCGUGGAGUUGUUGUGGAACUGCAAAGGCAGCUAGAUGUUUCUUUAGCGGCCCAAGGUAACCAUCAGGAGCUACAACGUAACCUGGAGGUCUUAAUUGAGAGCGAACAUGCACUCUCCCGUGAGGUGGAGGUCUUAAGAGAUCGAGAAACCAGGAGGGAGGUUUCCCAUAAAGACCUUCAGGACAUGCUGGCAGCAGCGGAGCGUAAAAACGAGGAGCUGAUGACAAGGCUAGAUGGAGUAUUGGAUGAGAAAGGUCAAAGGGCGGCCAGUGAUUUCAACUCAGCCCAGAAGAUUCACGAGCUUUUGAAUGAAUUAAAAGAGGCUGAGAAGAAGAGGAUGGAUGCUCUGGCUGAAGGAGAAGAGAAGAGGAGGCAUGCUGAACAUCUUGCCGAGGAAGUCAAAGUGAAAGAUGAAGCUCUCAAAGAGGCUGAGGUGAAAAUGGCAGCUUGGAUGGAGAAGGGUGAACAACUGCAAACCAGGGCGGUGGAGCAGCGUAAUUUCAUGGAGAAACUUCAAGGUGCACUUGCAGUAAGAGAGAAAGAGACCAGCAACCUGCAGAGGCAACUACGAGAUCUUCAGAACUCUCUGGAGAACAUGGAAAAGCAGGCCAAUGUGGAGAAGAAGAGGAUGCAAGAUGAUAAAGAAGAGCUUGAGAUGAAAAUGAAUGGUCUAGAGGGGCUGUUACAAUCACUUCGGACACAGUUAAAGGUUAAAGAAUCUGAUCUUCUCUCCAGUACCAAGAGAGUUCAUUUCCUGGAGAGGGAAUCAGAGAAGCUUAGGAGCGAGAAUCAGAAGUUGGAGUAUGAGUUGGAGAACAGCACCAAAAAGGAGGCCAAGAAGAUUGAUGAAUACAAGGAUAGCUGCGCCAAGCUUAUUGAGCAAAACACUAAGCUUCUGCAGACGGUGAAUAAGAAUGAAGAGAGCAAGAAAGAGUUGCUUGAAAACAAAUCAUCCUUGGAGAGCGAGUUGGCGGGAUUGAGGGCCUCAGAGAAGCAGUUACGAGCUCAAAUCGAUGAUGCCAAAGUGACUGUGGAUGAACGAGAGCAGCGGCUGAGAGAGGAGAACAGAAAUCUGGAUGAGAGUCUGCAGAAGGCCAACAUGCAGCUGGAGGAAUCCGAGAGCUCAAUUCGGCAAAAGGAGCAGGAGAACAAGGACCUCAUGGAGGUUCAGGUCACUCUUAAAUCAGCUCUCGCAGCCAUGCAGAAAGAGAUACGUGACAUAAACAACCAGAUCGGUGAACUUGAGAAGAAUCUUGGAGUUGCGAGGUGUAACGAAGCAAAUCUGAACGCGCAGCUUAAAGAUAAGGCCACCCAGCUGGAAGAUCGAGAGAAGCUCUGUGAGGAGCUCCAGGGAAGAGUGGAAGAACUGGAAAGUCGGCAGAGGGAUUUGGAAGUGGAGAAGACAAAAGCAGAAAGAGCCUUUGUUAAACAAACAGAGAUGAUUCAGAGUCUUGAAGCACAGAGAAACCUGGCAGAGAAGACACAACUUGAAAAAAGCACAUGUCAAGCUAAAGAAACUAAAGAGAUGGCCUUAAAAUUGACUCUUCUAGAAGAUCAACUGGGAUUGAGUGCGAAGGAAGUUUCUAAGCUACAAGAGGAAGUGGUUAAUCUCAGGGCUAAACUUCACAGUGCUGUGGAGGAGAAGGACAAGACGCAAGCAAAGCUUGAGGUCACCGAAGCUUCCUGUGCUGAACUGCGGAUCUUGACUGAGCACUUGAAGAAGCAGGCCGAGGAGCAGAAUCGGCUGCAUGUGAGCGAGCUGCUGCAGUCUAGUGAACAUGUUGAUAAAUUAACUUCGCAGCUGAACCAGGAGACCUCAGCGCAUGAGAAAACCACUGCAGCACUUGCUUCCGCUAAAGAGGAUCUAGUGGCUCUCAAGGCCCAGAAUGAGCGGAUGGUCCUGGAGAAUGCGGAAACCAGAGAGAGUCUCCACCGGGUCAACACUGAAAUGGCAGAGUUGGGAAUGACUAUUUGCAAGCUCACCGCCGAGCGGGAAGAGGCCCGGGAACGUUGGGCCGCUGAAGCUGUACGCAUCCAAGAACUUCAGCAGCACGGAGUGAAGGAGACAGAGCGACUCAAUGCCAGCUUGGUGGCUCUGCAUCAAGAAAACUCCAGUCUGCAGGAAGAGCUCCAGCAAACAGACAAACUGUCAGAAACCAUGCUGGAGCUAAAGCAGCUGCUGGACAAAACUGAGGGCGAACGGGACGCUGCACGGGAAGAGAUCACCGCUGUGAAAUUCCAGAUGAGCACAGAGAGCAUGUCUCUCAAGCACCAAAUGAAGAGUCUUCAAGAAGAGAUUGACGGUUUGAAAGAUCAGCUAGACACAGAGAGGAAGAAGAAAUCAGAGCUGGAGGCCAAAUUAUCCGAACUAGAGGGAGCGAAUGUGGAAUACUCUCGUCUGAUUGAGGAGAAGGACUCGCACAUUACUUACUGUGAGACUUUGCUGCGUGAGAGCGAGUCUGAGACACAGCAACUGCAGGAAAGAGCAUCAAGAUCCAAAGAGGCUCUUAGUGAUGUAGAGAAGGAGAGGGAAGAAUUGAAGCAGAAAUUGGAUCAAGUGUUGAUGGAGACUCAGAACCAGCAUCUCCGCAUGUCUGCUGAACUGGAGGACCUGGGACAAACUAAAGUCAACCUGGAGGAACGGCUCAUUGAACUUAUUAGAGAUAAGGACGCUCUGUGGCAGAAGUCUGAUGCUCUAGAGUUCGAGCAGAAGCUAAGAGCAGAGGAGCAGUGGUGGCUGGUGGAUAAAGAGGCCACACACUGUCUGGGCUGCCAGGGUCAGUUCACAUGGUGGCUGCGGAGGCAUCACUGCAGGUUGUGUGGCCGUAUCUUCUGCUACUAUUGCAGCAACAAUUACGUGAUGACCAAAAACUCAAAGAAGGAGCGCUGCUGUCGAGAGUGUUACACACAACACGGCGCUGUGGUGGAGAGAUUCACCAAAGCUGAACUCAACAGCUCAUCAGACAACCAGCCAUCAAACACUGCCGCUCAGCUGCCACCGCCUCCAUAUAUACCCACACCAAGAGUUACAGUUACAGAUCCUGGUGAGAGGGCUGAUGAUGGAGCGUUUGACAUUAUUACAGACGAGGAAGUGAACCAGAUCUAUGACAGCGACUCGCGCACCACCAAUGGAUCACAUGAGGAGGAAGGAGGACAAACCGGAGAUAAUAGCGUAUCAAGUGACGUGACGUCUGAAGAACAGGAAGACAUGAUUUCAGUACAGGAUGCAGAAAUCACCCUCCUCAAGUCAGGAGAGCUCAGUGCCUCUGUGCCUCUGGAUAUAGAUGAGAUUCCUCAUUUCGGCGAUGGCUCCCGUGAGCUGUUUGUCAAGUCCAGUUGUUACAGCACCAUUCCCAUCACAGUGGGCGACCGCGGACCCAUCAUCAGCUGGGUUUUCUCCUCCGAGCCAAAGAGCAUCUCCUUCACUGUGGUGUACAGAGAGACACUUGACACACCUGUCGAGCAGGCCAAGGUUCUGAUUCCCCUCACGCGCUGUAACUCACACAAAGAGACCAUACAGGGACAACUCAAAGUGCGCAACGCUGGAGUCUACACACUCAUCUUCGAUAACUCAUUCUCCAGAUUUCUCUCCAAGAAGGUCAACUACCACCUGACCAUUGAGAAGCCCGUCAUCUACGAUGGAAGUGACUUCCCUUAAUAGCAGUGUUGUGGUUUGUAGUGUCUACAGUUUGUGUAAAACUGACUGUUAAGUAUUGACUUUAUCAUUUUAAUUCAGACCUGUUCCUGUGUACCAAGGGCUUCGGUUUUACACAUUUAUUUUAUAUUUUAAUGUUUUACCACUGAUAGAAUAGCUGUAAUCUGUUGUGACUGGUGUUAUGAACGGGUUUCUACAGUUGCAUGAAAGCAGAAUAUUUGCUUUUUUUGUUGUGUGUUUUAAUAUUAUUAGUGUGGUUUUAGCCGUUUUAAAUGAUUACAGACACUACAGAU